GUCCUGUCAUUAGAGCCCGCAGUGUUAUAAGAGAAGAAAGACCGUAGGUGAAGGUGGAUAAAUUGCGUUGGAGUUAGGUGAAGAGUGGACAUCAGCUUUAUUUUGUGCUUAUUGAUAGUUUUCGCAAAUUUUCGUUGUAAAAAUGUCCACAAUCAAGUGAAGUUCGGUUUAACUGUAAUCGAUGUCGCGUUUGUUGUAAUUGAAGUGCGUUGUUUUACGUUGGAUGUGACGUGAAUGUUGCGACUCUUUGUGUAGUGAAAUAGUAGUAAGCAAACCAUAUGAUACAGGGCGGCAGUAUUUAGUUCCAGUGAGUAGUGCGUGAAAAAAGAGACGAAAAGAAAAAUGUCGACCAACGAAAUUGAAGAAUUCGUAAAUGGAGCACUUAUAUCGUGGAUUGAAUCCUGUUUACCCCGAGAUGAGAUCAUUGCUGGAUAUGUCUCACUUUUGGAUGGAACAAUCCUUCAUAGCGUAUAUCUGCAAAUCGAUCCUGAACCACAGUAUCACCCAGUUAAGUUGAAGAAUGCCGAAAAUCUCACUCUUUCUUCGGCACGCUCGAGGAAUUUUGACGCCAUUGUGAGAAACUUGCGAAAUCUCUAUGAUGAAGAGCUGGGACAGACCAUAUUGGCCCUGCCGGACUGCACGAUUUUGGGACAUGCUCCCGAAUCUCGAGGUGGCCUUGAACAGAUGAAGUUAAUGAUUACCUUGCUCUUGGGAGCAGCAGUGCAGUGUCCAAAUAAGGAAAUAUUCAUUGCUCGAAUAAAAGAACUUGAUGUGAAUACUCAGCAUGCAAUAGUGGAAGUGAUUAAGCAAGUAACCGAUAGUCAAACGCUGGUGCUAACGCAAGAAGCAGUAGAUCAAUUACCCUCGGAUAUAAUGUGUAAACACAUCGUGCGACUCGCCAAAGAGCGGGAUCAGUAUCACAGUAAAUGGAUGUCUUCGAUAAUAUUAGAAAAUGAGUCAAUGAAUAGCUCGACUUCCAAAUCCAGUUUGCAUAACUCUUCAUCGGCGACCAGUUCCGCCAAUACACCAUCCACAUCUUCAGAGAACAACCAUUUGGCCGUGGAGUUGGCGGAUUAUAAGUCCAAGCUGCGGAAAUUGCGCCAAGAACUGGAAGAGAAGUCAGAGUUGCUCAUGGAAGUGAAGGAAGAAUUGGAUCACAAAUGCAGUCAGUACGAGAAACUGCGAUCCGAAAGCCAGGAUUGGUACUCGGAGGCUAGAAGAGCUGCUGCCUACAGAGAUGAAGUCGAUGUACUGCGGGAACGAGGCGAACGAGCAGACCGCCUUGAGAUUGAAGUUCAAAAGCUGAGGGAGAAGCUAUCGGAUACCGAGUUUUAUCGGUCACGAGUUGAGGAGCUACGGGAAGAUAACCGAAUGUUGCUGGAGACUAAGGAAAUGCUUGAAGAGCAACUUCUUCGAUCACGGAAGCGCAGCGAUCAAGUGAUGAUCUUGGAGGCUGAAAUCAUAAAGUUCAAGCAAAUGCUGAAUGACAUGUCCCUGGAGAGGGAUGUGGAUAAAAGCAAACUGCAGGAGCUUCUGGAGGAGAACGUUCAGCUACAGUUGGCCACCAAAAAUCUGAUGGCCGGUCCAGACACUGCCAUGAAUAUGCAACAAUCCGAUACGGAAGAAGAUGCACCCUCGAACGAUAACAGCUUGUCGGAACAGUUGACCACAAAUGCACAGUCUCGUGCUUUAAAAUUAGAGCUGGAAAAUCGACGUUUACUGGCAGCACUUGAUAGCUUGAAGGAAUCAUCUUUCCAUGAAUCAUCAAACAAAAUACUCGAGCUGGAAAAGGACAAGAAAAAGUUUUCCCUACGUCUCGACCAACUGCAGGAAAAUUGCAACAGACUUGCGCAGCAGAACAGCGAACUCGAAGGUGUCUUCAAGAACGCACUGGAGGAGAACAAAAAGCUUCAAGAUGCGUUGGAUGCUAAGCAAACCAUAAUCGACAAGCAAAGCCAAGAUCGCGAGUUGGACCGGAUACGGCAAAUUGAUUUGGAAAAACAAAUCGAAAGUCUCACCAAGGACAAACAACGUGUGCAGAAUUUAUGCGACAGUAUUCAACGAAGGACGGCAGACUUGGAACGGUCGAUUGAGGGCAAAACGAAGGAAGUUCAACAGUUGAAUGAACGAUGCAGUGAACUCGAUGAGAUAAAGAAAAACUCGUACGAGAUCGAAGCAAAAGUUACGUCACUGGAGAGAGAGAACAUUAGUCAAGGGAAAGACCUUGCCAAGUAUAAGGAAGUUCUGGAACAGAAAAGCGUUGAGCUAGAUGAUGCCAUCACGAGGAUAGCGCAAAAGGAUAAAGAAAUAAGCCAGCUCAUCAAGCAGCAAGAGGAUAAUGUUGGAUUGGAGAAAAAAGUGCAAGAGUUGGAGAAGGAGAAUCAAGAGCUGCAAUCGCACGCCAAAAUCCAAGAUGAAACGAUUGUAACACUCAAAAAAGAUCUUUACGAUGGAACACUGGCAAAGAAACGGGUGGAGCAGAAUCUGGAGCGGCUUGGACUGAACGAAAACGAUAUCGAAAAGAACGAAUUGAAUGUGGAAUCGUUUGUCGAGAAGCUUUGUAAAAAUCCAGAAUCAUUCAAAACUGUGCGAGAAAUUGUACUUAACGUUGGGAAAGAGUCAACCAAAUCAGCCGAUAUGUGUGUUCUUUGUCAUAGACAAGAAAUCUACACCGUGGAAAAGGAUAUUGAGUUUUCCAACUAUGAUGAGACACCUACCAUUAGUGAAGUCGAAACUAAGCUGGAUCAGCUGAAGAGUGAAAAUUCAGUCCUUCAAUCAACCAACGAAUCUCUACAAGCCGAGAAUGCUCGCCAAAGAGUCGAGGUUGCUACUCUUGGGUCACAAAUAACUUCAUUGAAUACGCAGCACGUAGCCUUGCAACUUGCCAAUUCACAGCUCGCAGCAGAGAAAGAUAUGCUGGUUAAGCAAGUCGAAGCUAAAAAGCAAGCCUACGAAUCCUUGCAGCACGAUCAAGUCACGCUUCAAUGUCUUCACGAACAGCUGAAUAGCGAGUACGACUCGCUGAACAGUGAAAAAGAGUUCCUGAAGAAUACCAUCCGAGAUCUGAAGACGGAGAAUCGAGACAUGAAAGAACAUGCCAUGGUACUGGAGAAACAGCUGGAGGAAUGCAAGGCGGAACUGUCGUCCAUGAAAGAUGGCAUCACAAACCUGGCCAAUUUGAGAGCGGAACAUUCCAAACUUAAAGAUGACUUCCGUUGUUUGUUCACCAGCAGCGAACGUUUGAAGCAGGACUGCCAAAAACGCCAGGAACAUUAUCGUUCGUAUCGCUCGGAGAACAGCACUCUGCGGCUUAAGAACACCGAGCUGACCGGAGAGUUGAACAACAAGGUGGAACAAAUAACGAACCUGGAGAUUGAAUACACAAAAAUGCACCAAAGAUGUGAGAUGUUACUGCAAAUGAAUUCCAGUUUGGACAUUGACCGAAGGACCCUGAUGGAUCACGUAUCUCAGCUAUUGAGUCAAUACCACGAACUGUUGGCCCAUUCGCUUGAAGACAAGCAACACUACCAUGACGAGGAGAAAAACUUCACAGAUCGUGUUAACAAUCUUCACCGUCAGAAGGAGAAAUUGGAGGAGAAAAUCAUGGAACACUAUCGGAAGUUGGACAGCUGCUCGCCGAAAAAGAAACCUUUCGGGUUGAAUUUCGUGAAAAAGGUGCGCAAAGCUGGAUCAGAGCUGAUGAACCGGGUUCCCAAUAGGAAUCGCCGAUCUUGGGUGGACGAGUCUCGUCUUACGCAGUCCCAGUUUACACUGGGAUCGGAAUCGGGAGGCAACGAAUCGGACAACAGUAUUGAAGAGCCCAACUCGGUGGCCUCGGAUACCAAUCUACUGCAACGAAACUCCGUUAUACGACAAAGCUUGCAACGGAAGCCCAACAAUGAAGCCCUGAACACUAGUCUUCUCCGAGGUGGCAUACGCAGUAGUUUGCAGGCUUCACGACGGGAUGAGGCCAACCAGUCCCAUAGGAAUAGCUUUCCUGGAUUCGACACCAACACUGACUCUCUGAAUCUCGGAACCGCAGGAACACGACGCACAGUAUACCUGAUGGAUGGAAAAGCUUCCAAUGCGACCAACUCUGGAUCCAGUACCCCUACUGGCGUCGCCGGAAUGCCCACAUCCUCUCCUCCGGUAUCGCUUACCUCACCGCCCGGAUCGAGUACCUCUAGCAAAAAUUCUCCCAUUUCGAACCAAUCCACUUCCAACAGCGCAACGAACAAUACAUCCGCAAACAACGACUCGUUUCUGUUGCUCAACCGAGUUUCCACAACGACCACUCUCAAAACGACGGAAUCCAGUUCGGUACCGCAAACCAUGAUAGUCAAUCCGAACCCUUCCGGAAGUCCUUCUCAUUCGUCUUCGGCCGCAACGGUCGUUCUCAACGCAGACGACCCCAACAAGAAAGAUACAUCGAAUAAGAAACCCAAAAACGAACCUAAAAAUCGCGAAAGUGCGAUUUGGUACGAGUAUGGAUGUGUAUGAUAAACAGUUUAAAUUAUACUUUACCUAUAUUAAGAGGGCUGCGAAUCUCAUAUUAUAUAUUUUUUAUUCCUAGCAAGCAGCCUAAAAUUGCAUUUAUGUUCGUUCACUCGCUAACCAUCUAACUCUCCGUUCCACACAAAACAAAAAAAAUCCUUUGAAGCGCAAGAAAAUAGUAUUUUGUAUAAACAAAUAGACUGAAACAUGAACGUAUUCCGUAUAGAAAAGCCUUAUAGAAUAGAAAUUCAUCGAAGUAUUGCAGCUUGAAAUUGGCCUCUCUAAAUUAAAGUUAAAGGACAAAACACGGCACAAUGUACAUAAAACAAUAAACAAUAGAAUCGCUUAAUCAA